GCUCGGUGAGUCGACGACCGUUAACGGUUGGCGGGAUUGAACGGCGGCGGCAGGAGCGGCGCAGCGGGAGCGAUGCCUCGGGAGAUUAUAACGCUGCAGCUCGGCCAGUGCGGCAAUCAGAUUGGCUUUGAAUUUUGGAAACAGCUUUGUGCUGAACAUGGUAUCAGCCCUGAAGGGAUUGUGGAAGAAUUUGCGACUGAGGGUACUGACAGGAAGGAUGUCUUCUUCUAUCAGGCAGACGAUGAGCAUUAUAUCCCACGAGCUGUGCUGUUGGAUUUGGAGCCUCGGGUCAUUCAUGGUAUCCUGAACUCACCCUAUGCCAACCUUUACAAUCCAGAGAACAUCUACCUGUCAGAACAUGGUGGUGGUGCGGGCAACAAUUGGGCCAGUGGCUAUUCACAGGGUGAAAAAAUCCAUGAAGAUAUUUUUGAUAUUAUCGACCGUGAGGCUGAUGGCAGCGACAGUUUAGAGGGCUUUGUUCUAUGUCACUCUAUUGCUGGUGGGACCGGCUCCGGCUUGGGUUCCUAUCUUCUGGAGAAGUUAAAUGACAGAUAUCCAAAGAAGUUGGUGCAGACGUACUCUGUGUUUCCUAACCAGGAUGAAAUGAGUGAUGUUGUGGUGCAACCUUACAACUCAUUACUCACCUUGAAGCGACUGAUUCAGAAUGCUGACUGUGUGGUGGUCCUUGAUAACACAGCAUUGAAUCGGAUCGCAACAGACCGGCUGCAUAUUCCGAACCCCUCCUUCUCUCAGAUCAACCAGCUGGUGUCUACCAUCAUGUCUGCAAGUACCACCACACUGAGGUACCCUGGAUAUAUGAACAAUGAUCUGAUUGGCCUAAUUGCUUCCCUCAUUCCAACUCCACGACUUCAUUUCCUCAUGACUGGCUACACCCCACUUACCACCGAUCAAUCGGUUGCAAGUAUACGCAAAACAACUGUUCUGGAUGUCAUGCGGAGACUGUUACAACCAAAGAAUGUGAUGGUGUCCACCAGCAGAGAUCGACAAACCAUCCAUUGCUACAUUGCCAUCCUCAAUAUUAUUCAGGGGGAGGUGGACCCUACUCAGGUUCAUAAGAGUCUGCAAAGAAUAAGAGAGCGAAAGUUGGCAAACUUUAUUCCAUGGGGUCCAGCUAGUAUACAAGUGGCUCUGUCAAGAAAGUCUCCUUACUUGCCAUCUGCUCAUCGGGUUAGUGGACUCAUGAUGGCUAAUCACACCAGCAUCUCCUCACUUUUUGAAAGAACCAGCAGGCAGUACGACAAGCUGCGGAAGAGGGAAGCUUUUCUGGAACAGUUCCGUAAAGAGGAUAUAUUUAAGGACAACUUUGAUGAACUGGACAACUCGCGGGAGAUUGUGCAGCAGCUGAUUGACGAGUACCAUGCUGCCACAAGAGCCGACUACAUCUCCUGGGGCAACCAAGAUCAGUGAACAUAUGAGCUAUUGUCAGAGUUCAAGCAAAUGUGUGAAUUGGGACAAUUCCACCAAAUACACAAGUUCCUGAGCUGAUAUGUGGCCUCUAUACUUAGCUUGUGGUUUAUGUUUAAACUUCCUUUUGAUAAAAACGAGUGGUAGUUUGGUCCAUUAAUUACUGAUUGGUAUGUCAGAAUAUGGCCUUUGUACUAGAGAUGGAAUAUCUGUAAUGUCUGCUGUGUAACUUGUAUUUACCAAUCCCACACCAUAUACUGCUGCCCCCAAUCUAUCUCUAGAUAAAUGCUCUGGGCAAUGCUGUGUUUGAGAUGUUAGGCACAUCAUAUGGUUGAAAUUGAAGGUGGGAAGAAAGGUUUAGUGUGUAUAAAGUGUGCUUUAUUAACUCAAUGCUCUAGUGUUUGCUUUGCUUGGACCCAUAUCGUGCUGUUUUUGUAUUUCUUUAUAGGGUGACCAUGGUCACCAGUUAAUAUAUCCGUCGACUUUUGUAAACAGUUUAUAGUAAAUAAAGAAUUCCCGAAGCUAUCAGUUAGGAAAAUGCCCCUUUUCCAGAAUGAGAGAGUAAAUGUUGCAGAGGUUGCUCUUUUAGUUGUAUAAUAUGAAUUUUAAAGGGGAGGGGAACUUUUGAAAAGGAUGUAAAAUUAACAGAUUAAGUCAGUCAGUCCUAAUUUGCACUAUUUCAGCCCUUCUGCAAAUUAAACUUAAAAGUUGUGCUAAUUUC